AUGAACGCGGCUUUGAUGGCCCAGAUCCAACAGGGCAAGGGCCUAAAGAAGACACAGACCAACGAUAGAUCAGCACCUGCCGUAGUAGGUGGUGGCUCUUCAGGCGGUGGAGGUGGAGGGGGCCGGGGAGGUGGUGGUGGAGGAGGUAGAAACGUAUCUUCGUCGGGUGCAGGAGGGGCAGUCAGUGGAUCAGAUGGACCUGCCCAACAAUUAGCAGGACUGUUUGCUGGUGGGAUGCCAACGUUGAAGAAAGCUGGCGAUAGGGCUACAUCCGCAGCUUCAACGUUAGCGAAAGCCCCUCCAAUACCAGGCUUAUCGAAAGCACCAUCCAAACCCUCCGCUGCACCCCCUCCACCACCUGGUCCUUCACCUGCAGGUAGACAUAGUGCCGCACCUCCCCCACCUCCUCCGCCUCCCGGUCCACCAAGUAGGAUAGCACCUCCUGCGCCUCCGCCACCCGGUAGGAGUACGCCUGCACCACCUUCGAGAGUCGCCCCGCCAGCUCCACCUCCUCCGCCUCCGCCAACCUCAGCACCACCCAGAGCACCCCCUGCACCACCUGCACCACCUCGGGCACCGCCCGUGCCCCCAUCAGCUCCUUCUCGUACAGCACCGCCUGCACCACCUCUACCUCCACCUGCUCCUUCACCACCUGCUCGAUCCGCACCAACGCCACCAGGAAGAAACGUCCCACAUCCUCCAGGCAGAUCUGCUCCUUCUGCUCCUCCUCCACCACCUCCGCCGCCUCCUGCUUCUGCUCCACCCAGUAGAGGCGCACCGCCUCCUCCGCCCAGACCGAAUGGGGCGCCGAGUCUACCAAGUAGACCAAAUAGCACAGUAGGGAGGUCCGUCCCACCACCGCCACCUAGACCUGGUAGUUCAUCUGGCCCUCCACGCGCACCUCCCCCUCCACCUCGACCUACUGGACCUCCCACUCUACCUUCCAGGACACCCAGUACCUCAACACCAUCGAGAGGGCUACCACCUCCUCUACCUUCUACCAACUCGCUAGCACCACCUACACCGCCUCGAAGACCAUCUUCCACUUCUGUUACUCCUCCGACACCUCCUGCGCCCCCUGCACCACCUGCAGGAGGGUCAAGAAGGAUACCUCCUCCUCGAGCUCCUCUGCCGCCACCCAGGCAGCCUAGUCCCGAGCCUGAACCUGAAUAUGAGGAAGAGGAAGAAGCUCCUCCACCCGUUGGAAUCAGUCCGGCAAGGAAUGCUCCCAGUAGGGGUGUACCGCCUCUGCCUCCCGCGCUGCCCAGUCCUGCUUCUCGUGCCGUUCCACCAGCUCCAGCUCGAGCACCCCCUUCCCCGACUCCAGAAAGAACACGACCUCAACCUGCAGGAACACAUUUCCCUCCACCACCUCCUCCCCCAGGUAUCUCUCCCGCCUCGCGAGCACCUCCUGCUCCGCCUGUACUAAGCAACGGUACUGGAAAUGGGUAUCAGAACGAUGAUGACGACGAGGAUCAAGGUGGGGUACCUGAACCUCCUGCCGUGGUAGGAAGUUGGACGUUCCCUAUGAAAGGGAUGUUCCCUGCUCCUAGGCCUUGGACAGGCGGUAAGAAGUCGUAUGCUAGUGGUAGGAAUGGUGGAGCUGGAAUAGGAUGUACCGAUUAA